AUGGAUCUCGAUCCAGCUCAACAAGCUGAAGAUUUGAAAGCUUUCGAAGGAAGGCUGGUUGAAAGUAUAGGUAGCCUAGGACCAACGGCUGUGCGAUGGAAAUGUAUAUUAAUACUGUGUGUAUCAUGCUGCUUUAUUUCGGGCUAUGCAUUUAUUAUGGAUAUUCAUACGGCUAAGUUUAUGACAUGUACGGAUUUAUUUCUUAAUCAUAAGUUUUUCACGAUGUGCUGCAUUAUUCUUGUCUCAUUACUUGCUACUGGAGUUCAACAAAGAAUUAUGGCUCAAACAAUGUAUCCUUUUUCGUUAAGAUUAUUAUAA